GUCGUCAUGUCCUGUCAGCGGAAGAAGGCGUCAUCUUACAGACAGGCUAAAGGGCUGUCAUGUCGUGGAUUCGAGAGGAGAAACUGUCCCUUUUAGAAAGGCUCACUGCCAACAUCUUAAAGGCAGGGCCAAUGCCCAAACAUGUGGCGUUUAUCAUGGAUGGGAACAGGCGUUAUGCCCAAAAGGAGCAUAAGGAGAGGCAGGAGGGCCACACACAGGGCUUUGAGAAACUUGCGGAGACGCUGCGCUGGUGCCUAAACCUGGGCAUCCAUGAGGUGACCGUAUAUGCGUUCAGCAUCGAGAACUUCAAGCGAUCAAAGGAGGAGGUGGACGGCCUGAUGGAGCUGGCCAGACAGAAGUUCAGCCGCCUGCUGACAGAGCAGGAGAAUCUUGAGAAGCACGGUGUGUGUAUUCGUGUGCUGGGAGAUCUGACUCUGCUGCCUGAAGAUCUGCAGACACUUAUUGCCAAAGCUGUCGUGUCAACCAGAGCGCACAACAAGUGUUUUCUGAAUGUGUGUUUUGCUUACACGUCGAGACAUGAAAUUGCAAAUGCAGUGAAGGAAAUGGCAUGGGGAGUCGAGCAGGGACUGAUCAAAUCCAGCGACGUGUCUGAAGUUCUCCUGAGUGAGUGUCUGUAUAGCAGUAAUUCUCCAAACCCUGAUCUGCUCAUCCGUACAUCUGGAGAAGUGCGUCUCAGUGACUUCUUACUGUGGCAGACCUCGUAUUCGUGUCUGGUGUUCCAGUCGGUCCUGUGGCCCGAAUAUUCCUUCUGGAAUCUGUGUGAGGCUAUUUUGCAGUUCCAGCUGAGUCAUCGAUCAAUCCAGAAAGCCCGGGAGCUGCACAGAGAAGAGCAAGUGCUUCAACAGAUGGAGUCGGAUCGCACCUGUGUGGCUGAAAUCCUCCAGCAUCGCGGCAAUGGAAAGCCUAUGGAUGGUCAGAGUCAGCAGAACGCACUGCUGAACUACAGCAGCAGCCGUGAGGAGAGGGUUCGAGGCUUUCUGAACGCCCUGCAGCACAAGAGAGACGCUUUCUUCGAUGAUUUAAGCAGCCAGGCUGUUGUGGCUUAGCGAUGAACUGUUUAUCUGCUGAUCUGUGAAUACUGUAGAUCUGGAAGGACGCUUCACCCCGUUUUAUGGGGCAAUGGUUAUGUAUACUUGAUAUUUGAAUAGAAAUCUGGGAAUAAAUUCGCUUUGAUUGAG